AUGCAAAGGCUCCUCCCCACAGAAGAGCACGUCAGCACAGACGCUUGGGUUUCCAUCUCAUAUGGCUCAGGGGCGCUGGGAAGGAGGCACCUGUCUGACUGGGGCUCUGCCUCUGGUCGUCCUCUCCUCUGUUUGCUGCCCGGCAUGGCCAGCUGCUUGGCACCCGUGUUGCUGCUGCUACUGCUUCUAGGGUCACCGAGCGCUGUCGCACCAAACCGAUGCGUGGACGCAGCCGACGCGUGCACCGCGGAUGCGCGAUGCCAGCAGUUGCGCACCGCGUACGUGGUGCAGUGCCUGGGUCGGGCCGCGCCGGGGGGCUGCCCCCGCGCCCGCUGCCGCCGCGCCCUGCGCCGCUUCUUCGCCCGCGGGCCGCCGGAGCUUACCCACGCGCUGCUCUUCUGCCCGUGCGGCGGCCCCGCAUGCGCCGAGCGCCGGCGCCAGACCUUCGUGCCCUCCUGCGCCUUCUCGGGUCCUGAACCGGCCCCACCCUCCUGCCUCGCCCCCUUAGACGCCUGCGAGCACAGCCGGGUCUGCAGGUGCUGGAGGAGGUGGAGUAGAGGGAGGGGGCCCUCCCACUCACCGCCUUCCGGCCGCUCCGAGCAGGCCCCGCCUCCUGGCCUUCCAGGCCUCCUGCGCGCCUCCCCCCAGCAACCUGGACAGCUGCCUUCGAGACCAGGUCCCCAGCUGCCUGCGCGCCUACGCUGGCCUCGCGGGGUCUCGGCAGGCACUGCCGUCACCCCCAACUACGUGGACAACGCAAGCGCGCGCGUGGCGCCCUGGUGCGACUGCGGAGCCAGCGGAAACCGGCGCGAGGAGUGCGAAGUCUUCCGGGGGCUCUUCACAAGGAACCGCUGCUUGGAUAGAGCCAUACAGGCCUUUGACGGUGGGUGGCCCUCAGUCCUACACGACCAGCUGGACCCCCACCAGGACCCUGAGCACAGCCUCCUACAGGUGUCCUCUGCAGAUGCGUCCCUGGAGGGGAUCUCCAUGUUCUCCGUGCUCCCUGUUCUGGCGCUCCAGCCCCUGCUCUGACUAGGACAGCAGACCUUGGACAACAGCCAACUGUCCCACCCUGCCUGGGAUACUGGGCCUCAUUGGUGACCUACUGCCCCACUGAAAAGGGACUGGCUUACCUCCCAAGCUGGCCCCAGUGCUCUUGCCCUACUGCCCUUUGCAGCUCUGGAUGCUUUUAUCAUGCUUUAAGGGUAGACUUAAACAGACUUGUAGGCAAAUUCCCUCUACUACUCCAGCCGUCAUGGCAUCCUCCCAGUUAGGCACCACCCAUCAUGAUAGCCACCUGCACCCCAUAACUAACGUUGGCAGAGUGUUUCCUGUCCACGAUGUGCUGCUUGUUGGACACCACCUAGAGUGAGAAUCCAGUUCCCUACAUUGCACUGGUCAUAUGGCCAUCUUCCCAGUGGUUCAACCUGUUACUAGGAAUGGCAUCCAUAACUCAGUAAAUCCAUGUGCACUGAGACUGGCCUGGCUUUCAUGUGAUCUGUGUCCUGGGAGCCUGGAGACCAAGGUCAGCCACAGGGUGUGCCUCUGCUGGCCUCCAAGAACUUGGGUGGCCUCAGAACCUCUCCAGGCAUCAUCAUCUCACCUGUGGAUGCUGAACUGAAUCACAUCUCAGGUCCUAGUGGCAGGGACUUUGGUUGCUUUUGUUUAUUCUUUCAUUCUCUGCUAGUAAUCAGAUAAACAAAGUACAUGUUCCAGCCUCCCUUGCAGUUAGGGGCUGUUCAUGUGACACAGUUCUGGCCAGUGAGUGAAAUUCACAGAUAAGGCUUCCAGGAGAGCUCUUUAAAAAGGAAAAGACUUGCUGACUGAGCCCUUUAGCCUCUGGCCUCAACCCUCCCCUUUUCUUGCCCAGAACUUGGAGGCAAUGCCUGGGAGCAUGGGCACCAUCUUGAAAGUGGAACCAUAUGACAUUGUGGCUCACCAGCCCAUCUACCUUCCUCUGGACUUUAUUAUGUGAGAAAAAUGAUA